AUGGAAAUGGCCCUUCCGGUAGCGUCUGGAGCCAAUCAGCAGCCCCUCCUGCCGCCGCAGGCGCUUCAGAAUCAGCACCAGCGUCAGCCAAUCAGGAAGAAGAUGUCAAGAGACCGAGGCGCGAGGUUGAUUGAGGAGAGAGCGGUGGGAGCCGGGAGAGAGAGUACGGCGGUGCUUAGGCAGUCGUCGGAGCAGCGGGGUCAGGAGCCCGGGGGUUGUGAGGGUGCGAGGCAGCGCGAGGAGCGUUCUGGGGAGAUGGUGCCGGCUGUAGCAGGGGAUGUGAUGUUAGAGGGGGUGAGUGUAGCGGAGAGAGGUUGUGGCGACGGUGGGGAAGCGAGGAGCGUGGAAAUAAAGGAGGAGGAGCAGGAGUGGGUGGUGGGGGAGGGGGAGGAGGCGAAAGAGGCGAAGGAGGGGGAGGAGGCGGGAGUAAAUAGUAGUCACGAGCAGGUGCAGGAAGGAGGGGACGAGGAGGGUAGAGUGAAGCAGGAGCAGGGGCUGUCGAGCACAGAUGCUCAGCAGCAGCAAAAAGGGGAUGCUGAGGCGAGAAGACAAGGCCAGAGUGGCACGGACGCGGUUGCGUUGGAGGGCGAAUGGGGCGAAGGAGGCGACGGCGAGCAGGUUGUGUACAGGCUGUGCAGGGUGGACCCCGUUGACCGCGUUGACACCGUUGACUUUCUUGACGCCGUGCCCAUAUCGGAGCGCGAGCUGGAGGAGUUCCAAGCGUGGAUGCUCCGCCAUGCGCCCGACGCGCUCGCCCUGCCCCUGCCGCCCGGGGCGUCGGAGGCUGCGGGGGAGGCGGAAUUGGGGGAUUGGCCAUGGGGGGAAGGCUUAGGGCCGGAUGAGGAGUGCGGAGCAGGGGAGGCGGGCGGGCCCCCGCUGUCCUCUCCCCCUCUUCCCUGGCUGGGCGGGGAGGUGGGGGUGAUAGGAACUGGGCAGCCACGUGGCAGGUCGCUAUUGGCUAGAGGGCAGGCACGAGCGGAAGGGCGGAUAGGGAGAGGCGUGAAGGCGGAAUUAGGGUUCGGACUGGAUGACGUGAAGAGUGGGCGGGACCGCCGCGUGGGUCAAGCGAACCCCCGUGGGGCUGUUAACGGCGUGCUUGCCCCGCCAGCCAACGAAACGAGGACAGGUGUGCACGCGCGUCAGGAGUUUCUGGAUUUUCUCCUGACGGAGAUUUCGCACCACGAGCUCGCUGUGGGGCAAAGUAGCGCAACCCCCCACCCCCAUCCCCGCGCCGACCUCUCCGCCGCUGACUCUCUCCUCCCUCCGCCCCCCCCUUCCCGCCAUCCAGCCCACGAUCAGCACCAUCCCCCCUUCCUCUCCGCCCCGCGCUCUCUCCCCGCUCAUGGGCGGGUGGGGCGGCCAAGGGGAGCUCUGGGCGGGGUGCGGGGGCGGAGGGGGAGAGGGAGGGGCGUGGGAAUGCCUCGGCGCGCUGGUGAUGGCGGCGCUGGUGGCGCGGGGCGCGCAGAGGACGCGGGGGGGGCGCACACUGCCGCUAGUGCAGUAGUAAUGGGCGCGGGGGAGGAGCAGGGGACGGACGGCGGAGCACAGGGGUUGGGGGAGGAGGGGGAGGGAGCGAGCGCAGGGGGGAGGACACGGGUGGGGCGCCGCAGCAGGUGGCGGCUGGGGGCCCGGGGGAGGGACGAGGAGGUGGUGCGGAGAGGAUGGGGGGCCGCGCAUGCCCUGUCAGGGGGAGAGGGAGGGGCGCAAGGAGGGCCAGCAGAGGGAGCAGAGGAAGGAGAAGAUGGAUUGGAACGAGAUGGUCAAGAAGCAGGACAGGACGGGCAUGGGCUAGGGUUAGGGUUAGGGUUAGAGGGAGCAGCGUGGGAGUGGUUGGGUUCUGGUGGAUGGCCCACUCGGCCUCGCAGCAGACGGGGUCAAGCAGGUCAAAUAGGUCAAACAGGUCAAGCUGGCCAAACGGGUCAACGGAGUCAACGCAGUCAACGACCACCUGCUGCCACAGCCGCUGCUCUGCCCACUGAGGCGGGUGGGGCAGCUAUGGGGCAGUCAGCAGCAGGGGGGACUGGCGCCAGUGGGCGCGCCCCAGCAAGCGCAACCCUUGGCGGUGCCCCACACCCGCCCAGCCCGCGCCAUCUCCGCUCCUCCCCCAUUGCUUCCGCCCCCGCUUCCCCUGUUGCACGGGCAAGAGGAACGCAAGGGGGGGCGCAGUCGGCGGAGGAGGGCAGGGGGAGGAGAGUGAGCGCGCGGCGAGGCGGUGGGCGCCAGGCAGCACCACUGCAGGCGAAGGCAGAGCCUGGGGAGGCGGCUUCUGAGACUGUUGUUGUAACCGCAGCAGGGGGAGCGGCGGUUGGAGGCGUUUCUGCUGCGCCUGCUGUGGAGGUAUCCGCAGGAAGGGCUGCGCUGAGUGGGAGUGAGGCGCAGCAGGUGGCGCAGCAGCAGGGCGGAGAGGUCGCGGAGGGGGGAAGAGGGGGAGGAAAGAGGCGGAGAUUGCAGUCUGGAUGGCGGGCAAUGGGGGAAGGGAGAGUGAAGCGGGAUGGGGAAGGGCGAGGGAAGGCUGAAGAGGCAGAUGGAACUGGAGGGACGUUGGGAGAGGGAGAGCGGGAGGGGGGUGAGUUUACAGCAGCAGAUGGAGCAGGGGACGGUGGAGACGAGGCUGCAUCAGAGCAAAUGAGUGAUGACGCGGACGAAACUUCAGGGGCUGAAUAUGCCGAAGAUGCUGCAGUGGGUGCAGAUACAGGCGGUGGUGCCGGCGCUGCCACUGCUGCUGCUGAUGCGCGUGCGUCAGUGGACGGGGCUGGAGCAGCGGAGUGGAAGGAGGUGGGGAGCAGGGGCGCACGUGGUAAGGGAGUGAGGGCGGGACGAGGCAGAGGCAGAGGCAGAGGGCGAGGCAGAUGGAAGGUGGAGGCAAGGGCUGGAAGGGAAGUGCCGGGUAGAAGGGUGAGGAGUAGGGAGAGUGGGGCGGUUGGAGCAGCGAGGUGGACGAGCGGUGUGGGUGGGGAGGCAGAAGCACGAGCGGAGGAGGACGCUGGCUGGGCGAGUGACCUGAAGGAAGGGGAGGGAGCAGAGGAGGAGAGAGUGGUGGAGGAGAGAGUGGUGGAGGAGAGAGGGCAGUCAGAAGGAGCGAGGGAGAUGCAGGAGAUAAGUGCCGGGCGAAAUGGGAUGGAAGGGGAAAGUAGGGGCAGGGGUGAGGCAGGCGAAGGGGCAAGUGAGGAGGAGCAAGGGAAACGGGGAGAAAGGGAGGGCGUGAGCGGGGCUGUGGCCCCCUCAGUAUCGAGGCAGCUGAGGCUGCAGCGACGGCAGAUGAUUCAGAAGCAGUGGGAGGAGCGGCAGCGCAUGCAACAGCAGGUUCGGCAGGCUGAGGCUCGGCGGAAACAGGUUCGGCAAACACAAGGUGAAGAAUCUCAGGCUCGGGAAGGGCGGCAGGAGGCAGAGGAGGAACGUAUGCAGCCCAGAGGUGGGGCUGUAGCGGAGAGGGCAGCAGGUGGAGAGGAGGGCAAGACGAGGGGGGGAAGAGACGGGGGAGAGGCGGGAGAAGCGGGAGAAGCGGGACAAGGGGGAGGAGCAAGAGAAGCAGGAGAAGUGGGAGAAGGGGGCGAAGGUGCUAAGGUGGAGGAUCUGAGAGCGAGCAGUGGAGGGGAAGAUGCGGAGAUGGAGGUGCGUGAAGGGGGGUUGGGGGCCAGCAUGGCGGCAGAAGGGGGCAGUGCAGGAAGUGUGGAUAGAGUAGGGGGAGAAGAUGAGCAACAAGGAGACGGGGAGGCGUGUUUGGAGGAUGCGGGUGAGGGUGAACGACCGAUGGCUGGUGGCGCAGCAGCAGGAGGGGCGAGGCAGAGGCAUGUGGGGGCGGGGGAGCAGCAAGAGCAGGAGCAGAGGAGCAAGGGUGAGAAGGGGUGGCAGGUGGAGUGUGUGGGUGACGAGAGGCCCUUGGUGGAUGGGCGUGCUCUUAGACAAAAGGACGAGGCAGAGGUCAUGGAAAUGGGAACAACUAGAGAAGGUGAUGCGGAACCUUCUAAGGUGGUAGAUGAAACGGUAGAUGAAACGCAUGUACAGUUACAGGCACUGACACAGACCGAGGAGCUGACGGAUGAUAGGAACCAGACACGUGUAGGUGGGGCAGUUGGGACAGGGGCACGGAUUGAGUCUCAAGCAAGUGAGCUUGCACAUGUACAGGUGGCACGCGCUGACGUGGCACAGGUUGAGGUGGCUAAAGCGGGUGCAGGUAGGGUUAGGCAAGAAGAAGGCAAGGCGGGUGCCCAUGUUGAGCUUCUGCCGAGGAAUGGAGUGCAAAGGGAGGGCGUGCAAAGGGAGGGAGUGCACAAGGAAGGAGCGGAGAGGAAGGGAGUGGGAAGGGAUGAAACGGUGAGGCAGCACAAGGGGCGGAAGACAGGCGAGCAUCAGCAAGCAGGGGGGCAAAGGCGGAGAGUGAAGGCAGGGGCGGGACGGCAGGGAGGACAGCAGGAGCAGCAAGCGAGUGGGCAGGCGCAGGAGCAAGGCUGGGAGGAAGGGCAGGCAGGGAUGCAGGGGCUAGAGAGAAGAGGGGAGGAAGGUGUUGAGACGGGUGGUGUUGGCACUGGAAGAGAGGCGAGCGGCAUGCAGAGAGGGCAGGCGGGCAGCAGUCCGCAGCAUAUGUUGACAGAUGCCCACGCUGCUGAAGCCAUUCCCGCUCACACUGCUACACACCCCGCUGCUCACACUCCUGCAGCGUCCCCUCCACGUGAACUGCCACCGACCAUGCAGCUGCCUGCAGCGCAGCUGAUUGCUGAAACGAGUCCAGGCUUGGUGGUUGAUGCUGGUUGGAGUGGGGCUGCGCUAGGGAAGGCACAAGGAGGGCAGCAAGAUGUGGAGGAGGCGGAGGGGGCGCAGACGCAGAGGCAAGAAGGCCUGGCGGUACAGAGGCAGCAAGAGCAUGUGAAGCAGGAAGAGGAUGAACGGAAGGAAGAGGACCGAGACGAGGGGGCGAGGGAGGUGGUGAAAGGAGGCACAGCUGACAAGGGGAGUGGAUCAGUGAGUGGUGCUGGUGGUGGGGGUGGGAGGGGCGAGGGGCGAAUGGAGGAGGCUGGCAGAGAAGCACAAGCGGCAGCAGGAGCAGUAGGAGUGAGUGAGAGAGGAGGGAGAGCAGGGAGUGAUAAAGUGCUGGAGAAAGGGGUGAGUGAGAGGAGCCGCAGGAAGAGGGUUCUGAACUCGAGGUACUAUGAGGGGGGGUUCCAAUACGAGGGUGACUAUAUUGAAGGGGAGGAGGGACAGCCGUCAGAACCAGACAUGGACUGGCAUCCUACUGGUGCUGACGUGGCAGCAACUGGAAGGGGAGGAGGAGGGGGGGGAGGGAUAGGGCAGAGUGGGGACUAUGCUGCCACAUUAGGGUUUACUGUAGACGCUGACGUGGCAGGCAUGGCAAGAGCCGUGAUGGCCUGGGGAAGGCAGCAGGUGGGGGAGGGCGCUUCCUCUCUGCCCGAUGCUGCCAACGUGCCUGAGCCUGCUGCGGUUGCUGCUGGUGGAUGGGGGGCCGAAGGGGAAGCGAGAGGAACGGUUGGGGGAAAGGGAGCAGGCAGGGGGAGAGGAGGAGGGAGGGGAGCGGGGAAAGGGGAGAGUGCUGCUGCUGUUUCUGCUGCUGGGGGGGGAAGGGCGAAGCGGGGCAGGGUGGGAGAGGGCGACUUAGAGGCUGCAGGAAGGAGUGUAGGAGGGGAGGCGGGGGAGGGGGGUGAGCGGGGGGAAGGUGGGGAUGGUUGGGCAGGGGGGGUGGAGGAGGUUGGUGGAGCAGGAGUGGUGGCAUCACAGGAUGCUGCUGCUGCUGCUGCGGCUACUGCUGCUGCUGCUGGGAAGGAGAGACCUCCAGCAAAACCUUGUCAUGGAAGCCUUUUGCUGAACUCCGUGGGCUCUGCUUCCCUCUCUCCCACUUUGCAGAAAAAGAAGUCCACUCUGUCGUCGUCAUCAGCAGCACCACCAGCAGCAACAGCAGCAGCAGGCAUAACAUCCCCCCAGAGGCAGCUGUUGGCUCAGCAGCAGCAGCAGCAGCAGCAGGUGCAGCAGCGGGCGGCUGGUGUGGCGGGAGGCGGGGGCAGAGGGAAGGGUGGCGGCAGGAAGGGCGAGGCAAGUCCUCCCUCCCUGCAGCAGCAGCAGCAGCGUCAUGGGAUGGAGAGGGGGAGUGUGGCAGCAGCUACUGCCCCUGCAAGUGGUGGUGGUGGGGGGUCGAAGAAGGGGGGAGGAGCAGCAGGGCGGGCGGAAGGGGGAGGGGGGGCGCGGAGGCAUGGAGCAUCUGGGCGGGCGGGGAAGAAGGCAGCCGGAGCAUUAACUUCAGCAGCUGGGGCGCCAGCAGGAGCAGGAUUAGCGGUAGUGGCAGCAGCAGUGCCAGCAGCAGCAGCGGCGGCGUUUUCUGACUUCGGGGGGGUGAGCAGUGGUGGCAGCGGGGGCGAGGGUGCGGGCGACGCGCGCAUGUACACGGCGAAUGGGGGGCUGCGGCGCAAGCACCACCGGCCGUGGACGCUGAGGGAGGUGAUGAUCCUUGUGGAUGGCGUGGCGCGGUGCGGAGGGGGCAAGUGGGCCGACAUCAAGAAGCUCGCCUUUGCUUCCAUUGGCUACCGCACUGCCGUUGACCUCAAGGACAAGUGGCGAAAUCUGCUGCGUGCAAGCCGGAUGGCGCUCCAGCCACCCAAUGAGGGCGAGCAGCGCAAGAAGCAGGUGUCGGCGUCCAUCCCGCCGGCCGUGCUGGCGCGUGUGAGGGAGCUCGCUCAGCAGCAGGAGGCGCAGGCACACCUCAAGCUGCACGCCAGCACUGCAGGGGGGGGCGCAGGGGGGGCAGCGGCGGCAGGGGGAGGGGGAAGUGCGGGGGAAGAGGGGUCAGGGGAAGGAGGGACAGGGGGAGGAGGGGGAGCAGAGGAAGCUGGUCUGCGGGCCGUCGCGGAUAUGGCGGGAUCGUUGUCGGGAGACGAGUUGGCGAACGGCAAGGCGCUGGUGCCGUUCCUGCAGCGCGCCGAUGAGCUGCAGAAGCACGACCCGCUAGUAGCUUACUACUGUCGGCUGUACGCGAUGGACAAGGGGCUGCGCGUGCCCAGCAAGGAGCGCAGCCAGGCCGUGAACGCGCUGCUCGUCUCCAUCAUGAGCCGCCUUGAGAAGGACAAGGCGGCCCUCCAGCUGUCCCCCGACGACGGGCUGCACGUGGAGGGCUUCGCGCAGCGCGUGUUCAGCAAGGCGGACAAGCAGGACCGCGCCGCCCGCGCUGACAUGGGCACGGCAAAGACCUUUUACGCGGCAGGGAUUUUCUUUGAAGUGUGCCGCCAGUUUGGGGAGCUUGCUCCCGAGGUGGAGCAGAAGCAGCGCUACGCGGUGUGGAAGGCGGCGGACAUACGCAGGGCGCUGGCAGACGGCAGGCGCCCCACGCCCGGCCCACCGGGGGGCGACGCUGAUGCCACCGCUGCUGCUCCCGCCGAUGCUGCCGCUGCUGCAUCAGCCCCUGCCGUGGCCCCUCCUGCAGCGCCCUUGUUCCCCUCAGCCGACUCCCUGGAUGCCAUGUUCUCCGCCCCUCCUCCUGCUGCUGCUGCUGCCGCUGCUGCUCCCAGCUCCUAUGGUGCCAAUGCUGUCCCAGCUGCCCCCGGUAGCGCCAGUGCCACUGGCAGGCUGCAGGUGGCGAGGCCGGUGGGAGCUGGGAGCGGUGCCAUGCAGCCCAACCCUCAUGCCCAAGCAAAUCCGUAUUCCCAGGGCCAUGGGGACUACUCGCAAGCACUCCAAGGGCAGGCAGCACAGGCGGCACAGGUGUCUCAGGCAUGGCACCAGAGCACACCUCAGCCAGACAGCGCGUUCAUCACCUCCCAUGCUGGCGCCCCUCCUGCCUCCGCUCCCUCCUUCGCCUCCCCGCCAACCUUCACCCACUGGACUCCCGACUCUCACUACCCCUCUGCCACGCCACCAUCCACUGCCGCGCCCUCAACCCAGUCAGCCCCGGGAGCACACGGAUGGGCCCAUCCUGCCGCCGCUGCUGCAGCGCCGCCCUACCAGCAGGCACAGGCAGCAGCAGCAGCAGCAGCAGCAGCCGCAGCCGUAGGCGCAGGUGCGUUCACAAACCCCAUGUUUGCCACCCCGCCUGCCCCCAAUGCCGCCCCUGGUUCUGCCCCUGCGCCCAGUGCCACUGCUCCCGGCCCAGCCUUUUCCUUCAUGCCAGGCGGUGCUGCUGCUGCCAGCCCAGGCGUGGGGGCAGCAGGGGGUACCUCCGGGGCACACGCAUCACAGGCGUCUCCACAUUCGGGGUACGGUGGAGGUGGUGGGGGUGUGGCGUCAGGUGGAGGAGCAAGAGCAGGACAGAAUGUUGCAGCAGCAGCCAAUGGGUCUGUGGCCAUGGGCAGCUUCUCAAACUCUCAAGGCCCAGGGCCUCGCGAGAUAACGGAUGCGCACAAGGCGGCUCGAUAUGCCACUUCCCAUCCACACCGCAAGAAAGUUGACCAAUUAGGCAUGGCAGAAACCGAGGCCUCACCGCAAUUCACGGCGUCGCUCGACACUCAUGUGUUACGUCCGUUGCAGCGCGCUUCGUCCAUCAUGGGAUCGGGCGAGCUUUGGCAGCGCGCCGCCGACAUGGAUGAAGUCGUCGCACAGGCGCACGAAGGCUCUGUCGCGAUCACCGCUGCGACGACGAAUGAAGGGGCUGCGACAGGGAAGAAGUGGAGCGUGAUGGGGUCGACGGCGCGCAAGGUGCAGCGGAUGCUGUUUGCGGACAAAUCGGACAAAUCGUCGGCUUCUAUCGCAGACAGAAAGUCCAAGCGCCUGCUGCCGUCGCUGCUCUCGAACUCUCGCCGUCAGGAGCGCGCCGGACAGGAUUUGAGUCUGCGGGUCGGCAGCUGUCGCGUGGAGAGCGCCGAGAGCGCUGUGGACGAUGGCGGAGAUGACGGCGCGGGCCUCGGCCGACGAAGCCUCUCGUUUCAGCACUUGGCGGUCGAUUCUAAUCAUGGCGAAAUGGUUGGACGGGAGGCGACGAGCGCGGAGAAACGAGAGGGCUCGGAUCCCAGCGAAGCGGAUCAUCCAGAGGGACGUGCGGACUGCAUUGAUUUAGAGGGGUGUGCGGAAAGUGCCGAUCUGGUUUCGUUGUCCCCGCGCACGACGAGUGCGACGGGUGUACCAGCGGGCGUGGAGCGACCUUGUUCUGUGAAUGGGCACUCAGCAUCGCCGCCCGAAACAAACAUCCCCAACGGCAGAGUCAUGUCCGCGCUGCCCCGCCCCGCGCGCCCGCAGACGGCCCCCGGCAGGAGCGCCGCUUCCCCCCGUCACUUCGACGCGCGUGAUUCCAUUUUUCCCCGACGCAAGACCGCGCCCGUGGCCCCUGCCGUGCUGCGCGAAUCGGGUGCUGCGUCGGGCGAACUCGAGCCGCAGCUCGCCGACGAGCCGCUUCUCGCCUCCGCCUCGGAUUGGUCAAGCGCCGCGCUCGCCCUUGUUGCGCCUCCCCCUCCGCCCAUUGACGCGCCCCCCGCGCUACCGUUACCAUCCCCGGUCGUGCCCCGGCCCCCCAGCAACGACGGAGUGGGGAGCAGAAGCGGCAGGUUGAGGGCGGGAAGGGGGACGCGCGCGGGCGGAAGGGCGGGGGAAGGGCUUCGAGUGGAUGUGGCAGGUAGGCGCCAGCGGUCAAGGCACAGUGAUGAGCUGGCAUGGGCGGAGGCGCUAGGGGGGCAGGGGCUGGUGCGGAGCAAGACAGCGGAGAGAGAGGCGGGCGCAAGGGGGCGCACAGGCGGGGAAGUGGCUCGUGUGGGGCGACAUCACCACCUGUCGGCCUCUUGGGACUGCGAGGGGGAGAUUGGCAUGGGGAGGGAAGACAAGGGGGCGUUCCCUGGUAGGGUUGAGAGUUUGGAUGAAGCAGGUUGGGGGAGUGUGACGGGAAGGGAAAGACCAACCUCAUCGGGAGGGAGGGUGCCUGUCAGUGCCGUGAGCCCUCGGGUGGUGAGGUUCAAUUUCAAGCAGCACAUGCAGCAAGUAGCACUUGCUGCAGCACGUGAUGAAUUGGCCCAAUAG